AAAUUAAUGUGUUAUAUUUAAUGAGUGUUUUGCUGUUUAAUUAUCGUAUUAAACUGAUAUAGUACCAAUAAAUUAUUUGGAAAAUAUUGUGUGUAAACAUAAAUUGUUGCGGAACAGAUUGGUAAACGGUGAAAAGUACUUCAGAAUUUUAUUAUACAUAACCAAAUAUGUUAAAAUGGUUAUAUAUCAUCGCUUUUGUAAUCUUGUUAGAACAAAAUGCGAUCAAUGCACAGUUUGAUGCUCAUCAUGAACCAGGACGAUCAGGAAUCGUCCAUUUAUUCGAAUGGACAUGGCGCGAUGUUGCAGCAGAAUGUGAAAGAUUUUUGGCACCAAAUGGCUUUGCUGGUGUCCAAGUAUCGCCAGUUAACGAAAAUAUAGUUAUCGAGAAUAGACCAUGGUGGGAACGAUAUCAGCCAAUUUCAUAUAAAAUAGUAACACGCUCUGGAAAUGAAGGAGAUUUUGCUGACAUGGUCAGGCGAUGUAAUCAAGUAGGAGUGAGAAUUUAUGUAGAUGUGGUUAUUAAUCACAUGUGCGGAAACCAUGGCCAUGCCACUGGAACUGGAGGAGGUACAGCAGUACCAGAAGAGCGCCAAUAUCCAGAAGUACCAUAUGGUCCAGGAGAUUUCCACCCCCCAUGUACAAUUACCGAUUAUACAAACGCGCAAGAGGUUAGAAACUGCGAAUUAGUAGGUUUGCAUGAUUUGGAUCAAUCCAAGGAUUGGACAAGGAAGAAGAUCAUCGAUUUUCUCAACAAAUUGGUUGAUUUAGGCGUGGCUGGAUUCCGGGUCGACGCUGCUAAACAUAUGUGGCCCUCAGAUCUGGCUUUUAUAUAUAAUGCUGUAAGAAAUCUGAACCCUGCUCACGGAUUCAACGAUGGGGCUAGACCUUUUAUUUAUCAAGAAGUCAUUGACCUAGGUGGUGAAGCAGUGUCCAAAAACGAAUACACAAACAUAGGACGAGUAACUGAAUUCAAAUUCAGUGCUGAAAUUGGAAGAGCCUUCCGGGGUCACAAUGCCUUGAAAUGGCUGGUCAACUGGGGUCCUGCAUGGGGUAUGCUGUCAGAUGAUAAGGCGCUUGUAUUUGUUGACAAUCACGAUAACCAGCGAGGCCAUGGAAGUGGUGGUUCAGAAAUAUUAACUCAUAAGCAGCCUAAACAAUAUAAAAUGGCAAUUGCCUUUACUUUGGCUCAUCCAUAUGGUCUACCUAGACUGAUGUCAAGCUUUGGUUUUAGCAAUAGUGACCAAGGUCCUCCACAAGAUCAAUCUGGAAAUAUCGUGUCACCGCAGUUUGAUGCAAAUACUGGUGCCUGUACCAACGGAUGGAUAUGUGAGCAUAGAUGGAGACAAAUUUACUCAAUGGUGGCUUUUAGAAAUGUGGUCCAAAAUAAUAAAAUUCAAUAUUGGUGGGAUAAUGGUUCAAACCAGAUUGCAUUUACACGCGGUUGUGCUGGUCUAGUAGUUUUCAAUAAUGAAAAUCAACAGAAUUUGCAACAAACGCUUCAGACUUGUUUGCCUGCCGGAAAAUAUUGCGAUGUAAUAUCUGGAAAAGCGGAAAAUGGCAGGUGUUCCGGUAAAACUGUAGACGUAUCACCUGAUGGAAAAGCUUAUGUCGAGAUUUUACAUUCGGAAGACGAUGGUGUUCUAGCCAUACAUAUAGGAAAACAGUCUCUUCUCAGCCUAAAGUCCAAAAUGUAGUCGAGUUGGAAAAAGAGGACUUGAUCAAUGAUUUUGAUGAAAAGUCAAGUCAAUGACAGUAGUUAUUUAUAUAUUAAUAUAUGUAAUAUUGUGUGGUUGUGGUCAAUAAAGAAUAUUUUUCUCAUUAGAUUUUUAAUACGUGGUAUAUUUCAUUUGACUUAUUCACGAUUUGCGCAAACGGAAUGUAUGCAAUCUUUACUAUUUUCAUUUAAACUCGACUUCAAUUAAAAACAGUAAUCUUAGUUAUGGAUAUACAUCAUGUAGUUCAUAAGUUAUCAUAUAAGUAAUACCAGUUCAUUCAAAAUGGUAGAAUCUGCAAGAAUUCUAGCUCCAACAAUAGUAACUAUUAAAACUUGAAUUAAAAUUAAAGUUAAAAAUCUUGUAGUCAAUAAAUGUCUGGAGCAAGUGAUCUAUUACAAAAAUUAAUAAAUGCUUAAUCUAAUAAUUCAGGGGAGCAGGGGAUACUGGGUACGGUUGUGCCACGAUACGCCAUAGUAGUGACAGUCACCAUAGGCUAAAUUAUACUGACUCUUGCAUAGGCCACUUUUAAAGCAUCAAAAAAAAGUUUAAAUAAAGUUUUAAGUACUGUUUCUUGAAUAUAAAUGGAUCACUUUGUUUGUUAUUUUUCUGUAAAUUAAACAUCAGUAGAUAAUUACCAGCAAUUUAGCUCAGCCAUAACAAAGAUUUGAUCUCAAAAGUGUGUUUUGAGUACGGUUGUGACAUGUGUUUGUAGAUCUUGUGCUUCUCGAAUGAAGAUUAAAUAUAUAAGGAAAAAUCUAACUCAACUAAUCGUAAGACAAAAUAUGAAAAAGAAAGGGAUAGCAAAAUUCAAUACAAAAAAAAAUUAUGACUGCUUAAAGAAAAAUGGCACAACCGUACCCAGUCUUACCCCAGUCACGAAGUACAAUACAUUUUGGCAAAAAAUGACUAAACUUAUACAACUGAAAUUGUUCCAAUUUAAGCUAUAAUACUGUAAUCAUUCAAAACAUUUUUUUUAAAAAUGUAUAAAUAUUUCUUACAAAAUAUGAUAAAAGUCAACAAAUUAAAAAAAUAGUCUUGCUUAAAAAUAUAGUUAUUUCUUAUCACA